CACCUGUUGCACACAAUGCUGCUCUCACUGUCCAUGGCCUUGGAGAGGGGCGAGGGUGUAGGCUGGGGAAGAUGGAACUAUUCGGCUGUCAGUGUGAAAGCCAUUGUCCCUGCUGGGUCGCCAUGGCUGUUACUGGCUCCCUUGCUGUCCCCAACUGUUCCUCAGGUCACCUCCCCACCUUGCUGCCUGUGUCCCGAGGGUGUGCACCGGUUUCAGUGGAUCAGAAACCUGGUGCCGGAGUUCGGAGUCUCCAGCUCUCACGUCAGGGUGCUCUCUUCCCCGGCGGAGUUCUUCGAGCUUUUGAAGGGACAGAUAAAAAUAGCCAAGAGGAGAGUUGUGAUGGCAUCCCUCUACUUGGGGACAGGACCCUUGGAGCAGGAACUGGUGGAUUGUCUGGAAAGUUCUCUGGAGAAAUCACUGCAAUCGAAGUUUCCUUCCGACCUCAAGGUUUCCAUCCUCCUGGACUUCACCCGGGGCUCACGAGGUAGGAAGAACUCGCGCACCAUGCUGCUCCCUCUCCUGCAGAGGUUUCCAGAGCACGUGCGUGUCUCCCUCUUCCACACACCAAAUCUCCGAGGACUCCUCCGACUCCUUAUCCCCGAGCGCUUCAACGAGACCAUCGGACUCCAGCACAUCAAGGUGUACCUCUUUGACAACAACAUCAUCUUGAGUGGUGCAAACUUGAGUGACUCCUACUUCACCAACCGCCAGGACCGCUAUGUGUUCUUACAAGACUGUGCUGAGAUUGCAGACUUCUUCACAGAGCUGGUGGAUGCAGUGGGGGAUGUGUCCCUUCAGCUGCAGGGGGAUGACACGGUGGACGUCGUGGAUGGGAUGGUGCACCCUUACAAAGGUGACCGGGCUGCGUACUGCAGAGCAGCUAACAAACGGGUCAUGGACGUGAUCCACUCAGCCAGGACCCGACAACAGAUGCUGCACGCACAGACCUUCCACAGUGACUCUCUGCUGAGUCAGGAAGAGGCUGCGGCUGCUGGUGACCGGAGACCAGCACCUGACACCUGGAUUUACCCACUGAUCCAGAUGAAGCCCUUUGAGAUUCAGAUCGAUGAGAUAGUCACUGAGACCCUGUUGACGGAAGCUGAGCGGGGAGCUAAGGUCUUCCUCACCACUGGCUACUUCAACCUGACCCAGGCCUACAUGGACCUGGUAUUAGGUACUCGGGCCGAGUAUCAGAUCCUCCUGGCCUCACCAGAGGUGAAUGGCUUCUUUGGGGCCAAGGGCGUGGCCGGCGCCAUCCCUGCUGCCUAUGUGCACAUUGAGCGGCAGUUCUACAGUGAAGUGUGUAGUCUGGGGCAGCAGGAUCGGGUCCAGCUUCAGGAAUACUGGCGCAGGGGAUGGACCUUUCAUGCCAAAGGCCUCUGGCUGUACCUGGCAGGGAGCAGCCUGCCCUGCCUCACGCUGAUUGGCUCUCCUAAUUUUGGGUACAGGUCAGUUCACCGGGACCUAGAAGCCCAGAUUGCCAUCGUGACGGAGAGCCGAGCCCUACAGCAGCAGCUCCAUCAGGAACAAGAGCAGCUCUACGUGCGAUCGGGCGUGGUCUCCUCUGCCACCUUUGAUCAGCCAGACCGGCAGGUGAAGCUGUGGGUGAAGAUGGUGACUCCGCUGAUCAAGAACUUCUUCUGAGAACAGGAAUGGCCUUGAUGAAGAUGACAGGCAUGACUGGUGUGAGGUCCUUCAGCCGUGCUUCAGCAAUGACGCCGGUCUGGGUGUCCCAGCGAGCUCCUGUGGGGACAAUGGAGCUGACGGUCUGGGUAUGGUACGGGAGGCUGAGCCCCCUGGCUGGAGUGCUGACGGUGAAUGAGGGAGGCACCAGCAGAGAGAGGCCAGUGAAGUGGGAGCCCUGAAGAGUUCAGGCCAGGUGCCAGGGGCUGACAGUGCCAAACACGGGGUGUGAACUGAGGACUUGGAGGCGACUCUGCAUGCUGUAACGGCUCUGAGGCCGCAUCUCCUCAGAGCCUCAUCUCAGCCUUCUGAACGUCGUCAGCAGCAGCAGACUGACUACAGCUGAAGAGUCCAGCACCAUCCCUUCCUGAUCCACCUGUGUAAUGAAUGUCUACCCGCUGUACAUAGGGAAUAAGUUAUAUAUAUAUAUACAUACAUAUGCCUAUAUAAACACUAUCUGCCCUUA